UCAGAUCCACGCUAACCUCAUCACAAGGUCAUAGCAUAUCCGUAGAGUCACCCGCACCAGAACAUAACUCUAAAACCCCUCUUUUUUCUUUUUCUUUUUUUUUUUCUCUCUCUCCAAAAUUCAGCACAACUUCAAAUCUCCCUCUACUUCACUUCUGAACUAGGGUUUUAAUGGCUACUUCACAUCUCGAUGAUGAUGAUGAUUUCGGGGGAGAUUUUGCCGGUAAUCAACGCCCAGGGGGUAAGCGGGGUUUCGGGGAGCUUGAUGAUGAUGAAGAUGAUAUCUUCGGGUCGAAAAAGGCGAACAAUAAACUGGAAGAGACGGCUCCUGGUGUAGCAACAGGAAUGAUACUGUCCCUUCGCGAGAGUCUUCAGAAGUGUAAGGACGAUCUCGCGAAAUAUGAAAUCGAGCUGGAAUCUGCAAAGUCUGAAAUUCAGAAAUGGCAUUCUUCAUUUCAGGAUGAGUCUUUUAUAUCCCCAGCUACUACUCCAGAACCUAAAUUGGUGGUUAACUAUAUCCGAACCUUAAGGUCAUCAGACAAGUCACUGAAAGAGCAGCUAGAAAAAGCAAAGAAGAAAGAAGCUGCCUUUAUUGUGACAUUUGCCAAACGAGAGCAAGAAGUGGCAGAAUUAAAGGCUGCAAUUCGAGAAUUAAGAGCACAACUAAAGCCCCCAUCUUUGCAGACGAGGAGGUUAUUGUUGGAUCCUGCAAUACACGAAGAGUUUACACGUCUGAAGAACCUUGUUGAAGAAAAGGAGAAAAAAGUGAAGGAGUUGCAGGACAAUAUUAAUGCUAUUAAUUUUACACCAAAUAGCAAGAUGGGGAAGAUGUUGAUGGCGAAGUGCAAGACUUUGCAGGAGGAAAAUGAAGAGAUAGGCAAUCAAGCUUCUGAGGGGAAGAUGCAUGAGUUGUCUAUGAAACUUGCUUUGCAGAAGUCUCGGAAUGCAGAGCUUAGAAAUCAAUUUGAAGGACUUUGUAAAAGCGUAGAGGUGCUGACAACUGAUGUUGAGAGAUCAAAUGAGAUGGUCGUCAUCUUACAAGAGAAGUUAGAAGAGCGGGAUGCUGAGAUCAAGAGAUUGAAGCUUGAGCUGCAACAAAAAAACGGAGCUGAAGAAAUGAAUGAUUCAGCUCCAAUGGUUGCAGAUGAGCCACAGUCGACUGAAGCUGAGGAUGUACCACAAACUGAGCUUGAUCAAUGCUGAAGUCAAUUUUUGAGGAUUCAUUUGCAUUUUCUUCAUCAUGUGUUCCCUGUACAUUAUUGUUAUAUCUUUGGUUCCUUGUAGACUAUCACUAUAAUUUAGCAAAGAAACAUUCUCUUUGAAAGGAAAGUGAAGUCUGUUGGCUCUGCUUGUAUGUUGUAUAUUGAGCUUGUUUCGUUAUGGGAGAAGGGAAUUCUUUUUCCCCAUUACAGGCAAUUGCGUUUCAAAUUGAUGGGUAUGAUGCUAAAUUGCUGUAACAGUUGGUGAAUCAAUUGCUUUGCAAUAUGCAAAGUUGAAGUAUUCUACCUAGACCUGUCAAAAUUUAAACCAGACCCAAAACCUGUGGUUUGAACAAAUUUUUGUGACCUAUACGGCUGUACCUAUAUUACAUUAUUACCUAAUAGUGUCUGAACCCAAACAUGUUUAUUGCCCUAUGA